AUGACACUGGCAAAAGAAGAAUUUGUUAGGAAGUUGAAGGAAAAAAUGGGAGCAGAUCCAGCUGCAAUUGUACAUCCACUAUUCUUUACAAAAGAUAAAACAUUGGUACUGGUUCUACAGACAGAAGCUGUUCUUCUGAUUAUUUAUAGUGAAGAGGAAACAGGUCUCGCACCCGGAGAUGCACCAACUUGGAUAGAAUUCCCAGAACAUUUACAGGGUAAGGAAAUAUUUAUAAUUGACUCUGUAUAUUCUGGGACCGGUAGAGAUGUUAAGAAGGACGCUUAUCAACAGAUUUUGGAACCACUAUUCAAUCAAUUUGAAUUAAAGUAUACUUAUGUCAAAACCGAUAGUGCUAACUCCAUAAAGCAGUAUGCAGGAAACUUUGAUAAAGUAAGUGGAAAGAAUCCACUAGUUAUAUUUAUUAGCGGAGAUACUUCAAUUGGUGAAUUCAUCAAUGGCUUAGAUGAGAGUUUGAAAGGAGGAGAAGAUAUCACUUUUUUCAAUAUUCCAGCUGGUACGGGGAAUAGUUUGGCACUUUCUUUAGACAAUUACAGUAUUGCGGAUUCUGUCAAACUGUUACUUUUUCCCAAGGAAACCAUUCCAUUCAAUUUGUAUGAGGUUGAAUUUCCUCAGGGGUCAUACUUUACUGCCCUUGACGUUAAAACUGAAGAUAUUUCUGGCCCAUUAAAGUUUAUAGUUGUUUUAUCUUGGGGGUUCCAUGCUUCAUUGGUAGCUGAUAGCGAUACUCCGGAAUUGAGAAAGUUUGGGGUUAAAAGAUUCCAAAUUGCUGCAGGACAGAACUUGGCUAACGAACAGAAAUACGAGGGAUCUACCCAAAUUGAUGCAAAACUGAUCGUUGAAGGUCCUUAUGCUUAUUGGUUGUUGACCCCUGCUAAAAGAUUCGAGAAAACGUUUGAAAUUCUGCCUAAGGGCAAUAUUGCCGAUGACUCUCUAUACUUUGUUUCUUUCAAGACGGAGCCAGGUGCAGAUUCGAAUUACAUAAUCGAUAUUAUGAAAGAAGUGUAUGACCUGGGUAAACAUAUUGAAGAUGAGAAAGUUAUCUAUGAGGCUAUUAGGAAUAAUGAAGUUAUAAAAUUGACUAUCUCAGAGAAUGCACCUGAGAGUACGAGAAGAUUUUGCUUGGAUGGUAGUAUAGUCAAAAUCCCAACAGGCGAGGCGGAAAUUAAAAUUUCAAGUGGAAGCAAUGAAUUUAGAGGAAGAAAGUUCUUUCUUCUUACAUAA